UAUGCCUGCCAAUACCAUAAUAACAGAACUAAAAUUGUCUCGUCCCUUCAAAAUGGACUGGACUAGAGGCCGAACUAUUGGCCGUGGCUCCACUUCCACAGUCUCAAUCGCUGCGCUCGAUCAGUCCGGUCAGGCUUUUGCUGUCAAGUCAGCUGAGCUCUCGCAAUCAGAGUUCCUGCAGAGGGAGCAAAGAAUUCUUUCUGCAUUAUCUUGCCCUCAAAUUAUAGCAUACAAAGGAUUUGACAUCACAAGAGAAAAUGGUAAGCUCUUAUACAAUAUUUUCUUGGAAUACGCACCUGGUGGUACUAUUAUGGAUGCAAUUCGCAAGCAUGGAGGCUGGCUCGAUGAGUCCUUCAUCAGAUCAUAUACUCGACAAAUUCUUCUGGGCCUUCACCACCUUCAUUCUAAUGGGAUACUACAUCGUGAUAUUAAGUGUCACAAUAUAUUGGUCACCAGUGAUGGGGCAAAAAUUGCUGACUUGGGUUGCGCUAAGCAGGUCGAUGAGGUUGUGGCUACCAAGACUCCAAUCGCCGGCACUCCUGUCUACAUGGCACCUGAGGUGGUGAGAGGUGAACACCAGGGCUUCCCUGCUGACGUCUGGGCUCUUGGGUGUACUGUUGUUGAGAUGGCUACAGGGAGAGCUCCAUGGACCAAUAUUUCAGACCCUGUUUCUGCUCUUUACCAAAUUGGGUUUUCAGGUGAUGUGCCAGAAAUUCCAGGCUUUAUGUCUAAACAAGCCAAAGAUUUUCUGAGCAAGUGCUUGAAGAGAGAUCCGACAGAGAGGUGGUCCACUAGUGAACUACUUGAACAUGAUUUUAUUACAGAGGAACCAAGCUCUGUUUUGAAGGAUACUGACGUGGAUACUCCAACAAGUGUAUUAGAGAAAGGAUUAUGGGACUCGAGGGAAGAUUUAGAAGCAACGUGGACUCGGAAAUCGACCCAUAAAAGCAGUUCCCAUUCUCCGAUAGAAAGAAUCCAGCAAUUGGCAGCCCAAGGCAGUGGUAAAGUGCAUAACUGGGAAUGGGAUGACACUUGGUUCACCGUAAGAAGCAAAGAUAGCGCCAAAGAAACGUUUCCUAGCUCCGAGAAGCGUGUUAGCGUGGAAUAUAAUUCGAUUAAUACUAUUCCUAAUGAGCCCAUAAGCAUUGGUGGGAUAAUCACAUUUAACAUUGGCAAUAGUAUGAGCUUUAGCGAUUGUACUAACCAUAAAAUAUUAUCAAUGUCUUGCCGUUGUACACAAGAUUAUUUAUGUGGUAGUUGUAAUCUUGAAAAGGAAAUUGCAUUCUCUGACACUGCUUCUACAUUGCAAUUCCUCUAG